UUGUGCGAAAAAAGAAAUGACAAAGCAGUUGACAAAGGCAAAGACAAAAGACAAACACAAGCGCCCACAUUCAUGCAAACACAGAUAUCCAAUACCCGCUCAAUUGCAUACAUGCAUACACACACGCCACACGCGAGCAACAGUAGCGAGCAUAUGUCCUCAUGGCUAUAGGUUGUUGCUAUUGUUAUGGCCCUUUCCAAACCACCGCACCUAGAAGCGACUUCGAUAAUGCUGAACUAACUGUCCUUUAUACUGUGCUACUCUGCUUAGGCGGCGUCAUUGGUACAGGCGUCUUUGUCCUCAUGGGAUCGGCUGCUGCAACCCAGGCUGGCCCCUCUGUAACUCUGUCACUCCUCCUAGGAGGCUUCGUCUCGGGCAUUGCGGCCUUAUCAUAUGCAGAAAUGGCGUCCAUGAUUCCAAUAGCCGGAUCGGCUUACACCUAUGCGUACGCCUCUAUAGGAGAACUUGCAGCAUGGAUCAUUGGCUGGGAUCUCGUUCUCGAAUAUCUCGUGGGCGCAGCAACCGUGUCCGUGGGCUGGUCAUCGUACAUGAUUGCCUUUCUCAAGGACGCGUUCAACUGGGACAUCUCACCAAAGUGGACAAACACACCCAUCGCCUGGGACGAAGGCACUUUCACGAUGACAGGCGACUACUUCAAUACCCCUGCCUUCGUCAUCUCCGCAGUUGUUUCAACAACCAUCUACUUUGGGAUUCAUAUGACUGCCAGGAUCAAUAACUACCUUGUCGUAUUCAAAGUUAUUGCGCUGGUCAUUGUAAUCUUCUCCAUGAUCCCCUUUGUCAAGCCAGAGAACUACCAUCCAUACCUCCCACCCGAGUUUGGAGGUGUCUCGGGUAUGCUAUCAGGCGCGUCGACCGUGUUCUUCGCCUACAUCGGAUUCGACAGCAUCAGCACUACGGCACAAGAGGCCAAGGAACCGCAGGUCAAUCUGCCUGUAGGCAUCAUGUCAACCAUCGUCAUUUCCACGGUACUCUAUGUUGGCGUUAGUGUUGUCACAGUCGGGGUUGCGCACUACACGACCCUUGGAGGUAGUUCACCGGUCGUGGAUGCUGUGCGACUUACGAAAAUGCAUUGGCUGGUUGUUUUGACGGAGCUCGGCGCGCUAGCAGCAACAACGUCGGUUAUUCUCGUCUUGUUGAUUGCCCAGCCCCGUGUCUUUUAUUCGAUGGCGAAUGAUGGGUUAAUCCCGCGCGUAUUUGCCAGGGUACACCCCAAGUACAAGACACCUUAUAUGAGCACCCUUAUUUCAGGAAUCAUCUGCUCACUCUGCGGAGGUCUCUUGCCGAUGCAGGUGCUUAGCGAUAUUUCUUCUGUCGGAACAAUCUUUGCGUACUUUGUGGUCAAUAUUGGCGUCAUUAUCCUAAGAUACACUCGGAAGACGGUGCCGAGGCGGUUCAAAGUUCCUGGAGGUCCGUUUUUACUGCCUGGAAUUGGUGCUGCAAGUGCAUUACUCUUGCUUAAAAGCGCCAGGCGAGAUGCUAUUUACCGACUCCUGGGCUGGAUGGCGAUCGGAUUAUUCAUCUAUGUCUUCUAUGGACGGAACCACUCUGAGGUUAAUAACCCGCGUCUGAUUGUGGAUGAGCCGAUGCGGGUACUGCACGAAAACUUUUCUGCAGAUAAUCUCAGCAACUACCAAGGAUAUACGGAUGAUGACCUCCGUCAACAGUACGCACGACAACUGGCGCGGCGUAUGGAUUAUAAUCGACCUCGACGUCAACGCUAUAGCGAUUGCGCGGACAUACAUUAUCCCCCAUCGGACCAUGGAGACACUGCUCCCGAACAAACCAACCCCGACAGGGAGCAUCCUAGCGCGGCAAAUGGACCAUCACCUUUUGAAGAUGACAGCGCAUCGAGCUAUGAAGGUAUCGAUAGCGGCCAUGGUCUUGGAGCGACGAUUGACAUUAACGACUAUCAGAAACAUGGCGAGAACGUGUCCAUCUCUGUGAUCUCUGACCACGGAAGCGUCAACGGGUCGGUCCUCAGGGACCAAUCUGCUGGAGGCUCUCCGCCCAGCUUUCGCUACCUGCAGGCUGGCCAUGCGCCGUACCCAAAAGCGGCGCAUAUAUCCUCGCGUAUCUCAUAAGGAUGCGAAUGAUCACCUUAUACCCCUACACGCCCUUAUUUCCUCGCUUAAUCCCUACCUUGUUCAUAAUACAUCUUCCCUGUAAAAUACAUAUAAUAAAACCAUUUAUGUCCCUUGCA